GGUGUGGUUACUCUUCUUGUUGACUCCCAGCUAGUCUCCGUUUUCUGUCACAUGGGUGAUUUUGGAUGCGGAGAUGGAGGAUGGACGCCGGUUAUGAAGAUCGACGGCUCCCAGACCACCUUCCAUUAUGACGCAGAUUAUUGGAGCAAUUUCGAUGCAUUCAACCUUCCCGGUGGAGAGACUGGGUUUGACGAACAGGAAUCAAAGCUACCCACCUACUGGAACACAUCCUUCUCCAAGAUCUGUCUUAGUAUGAAGAUCGAUCAACAGCUCAAGUUCAUCUUCAUAAACAAGCAGGCUGACUCUCUGCACUCACUAAUUGCUGAUGGCCAAUACCGCAACACCACACUGGGUCGUGACGAGUGGAAAGAGUUGAUUGGCAGCCAGGCCGCUUUACAGAAAAACUGCAACAAGGAAGGGUUUAAUGCCUUUAGUAGUCAAGAUGAUCGUUCUAAAGUCAGGAUUGGUAUUGUUAGCAAUAACAAUAAUGACUGUCAUUCGUGCAAUUCUUUCAUUGGAUUCGGUACGGGAAGUCACCCAAAUGGCUCAAAAUCUUGCGGAAACGAGGCGCUCUUCUUUGAGCCACAGAGGCAAAGAAAGAGUAUCAAAGCCAUGGGAUACAUUUUGGUACAAUAAAACUAAA